AGUCCUCACAGACACGCCUUCUUCCCUCGAUUGAAAGCAUUCAGACACCAUGGCUGCCGCACAAGACUCCAAGGGUCUCACAUUGACCGUGCUCGGCUCCGGCACCAUGGGCAUCGCCAUCAUGGGCGGCGUCAUGGCCUCCCUCGCCGCUGCAAAGACCCAAGCCGCCCUCUCCGAUAAGCCCGCCGCGAAGGACACCCCCAACCUCGCCAACUUCGUCGCCUGCGACGCCUGGGCCCCCGCCGAGGAAAAAGUUAAAGCCGCCCUCGGCCACUACAACUUUCCCCUCACGACCCUCACCAACAACAACCUCGAGGGCAUCCAGAAAGGCGACGUUAUCCUGCUCUCCUGCAAGCCGCACAUCUUCAAGGACAUCCUGGGCGAGGACGGCGUGCGCGAUGCGCUGCGGGGAAAGGUGCUGGUCAGCAUACUGGCGGGCGUCACGCAGGAGCAGAUCGAGGGGUUCCUGUACCCAGACGGGCCGCCGCAGGACGCGUGCCGCGUGGUCCGCGUGAUGCCCAACACGGCCUCGUUCGUGCGCGAGAGCAUGAGCGUGAUCCAGACGAGCACCCCGCCACUCCGGCCCGAGCAGCACAAGCUUGUCGAGUUCAUCUUCUCCUCCAUCGGCCGCGUCGUCACGCUGCCCCCGGCCCUCAUGGACAUCAGCACCGCCCUGUGCGGCUCCGGCCCCGCCUUCUUCGCGCUCGUGCUCGAGGCCGCGGCCGAUGCGGGCGUCGCGAUGGGGCUGCCGCGCGCCGAGGCGCAGAUCAUGGCCGCGCAGACGAUGAGGGGGACCACGGGGUUGGUGCUCGAGGGCGGUGAGCACCCGGCUAUCCUGCGGGAUAAGGUGAGCACGCCGGGAGGGUGCACGAUUGGCGGGCUGUUGGCGCUGGAGGAGGGCGGUGUGAGGGGCGCGUUUUCGCGGGCGGUCAGGGAGGCGACGUGUGUGGCGAGUCAGCUGGGACAGGGCGUGAAGAAUGUUAACGGGACGAGGCGGUAGGUCUGGAUGGGGACAUGUUAAGGGCAGUAGCUGGAGGCUUAGGCACAGGCCUUAGGUUGGCGAAAAAGUCAGGGAAGACAAAAUGAAAUCAUGAUGUGCACGAGGAAACGCUCAACGACGGACAUGGAU